AUGAAUUCGUCGAAGAAGUUUAUAUGUCGUUGUUCUGUAUUUGGCUGCAUGAAGAAUAAAGAAGUGAAUCCAGAACUUUCGUUUUUUUCUAUACCAAUGGAAUAUAAAAGACGCUUACAGUGGCUGCAACUAAUAGGACGCGAGGAACUGGCGAGCGUCACUUCACAUCGUCAUCGUGUGUGCGAAAUUCAUUUCAAUGUACAAGAUGUGGAAGAAAACAGUAAACGAAAACUUUUAAAAAAGACUGCGUCACCCUGUUUAUUUCUGCCUAGCCCGUAUAAAGUUGACAGAGAGAUACAAACUUAUUUGUCAACAUCGAGCACCUCAACUCAGACAGAAGAUGCUAUUCCACUGGCUAAAAUAUCUUCAGAUAACCUUAUUCAAACUGCUGGAUUACUUAAUGCAGACACUAUUCUAAAAAGAAAGUUGAAAUCAGACUUAUCGGACUGUGAAAAGCGUAUAAAAGUAAUGGAAGUUACAGAAGAGCAAGAAGAUAUUUUUUAUAAAAUGUGUGAUCGUUUUUUAUCGAAAGACUUGAGUGAAAUUGUUAAAGCUCAAGCCAGAUUAAUUUUGUCCAAUACCGCGAACAGAUAA